AUGAACUUAUCAUCAGAUCCAUUUCAAGUGUUAAUGAAAGGAGGUGUCGGUUUUAGUUCAGUUGCAUUUCUUCCGGGAGGAGUCCAAAUACCAUUGAUUGGGCUAGGUACCGCUUUCAAGGCUGGAGGUCGCCCAGAAGAAUUUAAGCGUGCUUUAAAGGCAGCCUUGUUAGAUGCUGAUUACAGACACAUAGACGCCGCAUGGUAUUACAAGACGGAAAGCAUGAUAGGAGAGGUAUUAGAUGAUCUUUUUCUAAAAAAGAAAUUAGAUCGAAGAAAUCUCUUCAUUACUUCCAAAGUUUGGCCCUGCUUUUGGAAUGAUCCUGAGAUUUCACUUAAUCAUUCUUUGCAUGACCUUAGGAUCGACUAUUUGGAUUUAUACAUUCAGCACUGGCCAGCGUGUUUUGCAAAGGUAGACGAUGAAUUUGGAAGGGUAGCAGUUCCCACGGAUUCUCGCAAAAACGCAGUCAUCGACCCUAGUGGGGAUUAUUUAGUGACCUACCGAAAACUGCUUGAUAUUAAAAAUUCAACGGGUAAGAUAAAAGCCGUUGGAGUGUCAAACUAUUCCAUUCCAAUGCUCCAAAGAUUAAUGGAUGAAACGGGGACAAUACCUGCCGUAAACCAAGUUGAACUACAUCCGUAUCUCCCUCAAUUGGAACUCGCAGAAUUUUGUAAGUCCAAUGGCAUCAUAGUGGAAGCAUACUCACCCCUAGGUUCGCUAGGUGCACCUAUCUUGAAAAUACCCUUAAUCAAAGAGAUGGCUGCGUCUUAUAACGUGAUGCCAGUCGAUAUAAUCAUAAACUAUUUAUUGAAAAGAGAAAUUGUUUGUCUACCAAGGUCGUCGAAUGCGGAAAGAAUCAAAAAAGGCUUUACUUUUAUAGAUCUGAAAGAUGCAGAUGUUGAGAAAAUUAACAACCUUGGAGCUAAAAGCCCGAAACGUUACAUUGAUAAAAUAUGGGCUUAUUGGAAUGACUGA